CCCCCCCCCCCCCCCCCCCCCCCCCCACCCCCCCCCCCCCCCCCCCCCCCCCCCCCCCACCCCCCCCCCCCCCCACCCCCCCCCCCCCCCACCCCCCCCCCCCCCCACCCCCCCCCCCCCCCACCCCCCCCCCCCCCCACCCCCCCCCCCCCCCACCCCCCCCCCCCCCCACCCCCCCCCCCCCCCACCCCCCCCCCCCCCCACCCCCCCCCCCCCCCACCCCCCCCCCCCCCCACCCCCCCCCCCCCCCACCCCCCCCCCCCCCCACCCCCCCCCCCCCCCACCCCCCCCCCCCCCCACCCCCCCCCCCCCCCACCCCCCCCCCCCCCCACCCCCCCCCCCCCCCACCCCCCCCCCCCCCCACCCCCCCCCCCCCCCACCCCCCCCCCCCCCCACCCCCCCCCCCCCCCACCCCCCCCCCCCCCCACCCCCCCCCCCCCCCACCCCCCCCCCCCCCCACCCCCCCCCCCCCCCACCCCCCCCCCCCCCCACCCCCCCCCCCCCCCACCCCCCCCCCCCCCCACCCCCCCCCCCCCCCACCCCCCCCCCCCCCCACCCCCCCCCCCCCCCACCCCCCCCCCCCCCCACCCCCCCCCCCCCCCACCCCCCCCCCCCCCCACCCCCCCCCCCCCCCACCCCCCCCCCCCCCCACCCCCCCCCCCCCCCACCCCCCCCCCCCCCCACCCCCCCCCCCCCCCACCCCCCCCCCCCCCCACCCCCCCCCCCCCCCACCCCCCCCCCCCCCCACCCCCCCCCCCCCCCACCCCCCCCCCCCCCCACCCCCCCCCCCCCCCACCCCCCCCCCCCCCCACCCCCCCCCCCCCCCACCCCCCCCCCCCCCCACCCCCCCCCCCCCCCACCCCCCCCCCCCCCCACCCCCCCCCCCCCCCACCCCCCCCCCCCCCCACCCCCCCCCCCCCCCACCCCCCCCCCCCCCCACCCCCCCCCCCCCCC